CGCAACAGAUGCAAGUACAUGGGCAGGGAGGUUAGCUUUACGCUUUAGAAGGCUAUGGAAUUAAAAUUCUCUACUAAGGCUUGACAGUCCUGAAUGAUGUUUUGAAUAGUCCAGACGUUUGAAUCAGCUCUCAUUGCUCUUAUGAGAGAUAGAGAAUCAGAUUCAAAGAUCGCACUAUCCAUUCCCAGUUCGCAAGCCUGGAACAUACUCCAGCGAAGGGCUAAGGCUUUCGCUACCAAAGGGUCUAGUAUCUGAAUUUCCAAAUGUGUUCCCGCUACAAGCAAAGAGCUAUUAUGGGAUCGAGCAACAAAACCAAUUCUUGUUGAGCUUGUUCCUGUCCAGCCAGCGUCAAUAUUGAUUUUGAUUUUGCCAGUUGCUGGUGGUUUCCAGGCAACUUCAGGGUCUGUAUUUUCCUCCACAGUCCGAGAAUUUUGUGCUUCACGCCAAUCUCGUAGGCUGCUCAUGGCUAUGUUCAUUGAGGAUGUUGGAUCAGGGCUAGAGUCAUUGAACAAUUUACUAUUCCUUGCUUUCCAAAUUGCUCAUACACCUUGGAAGAUCUGAGCCAUAGUGUCAACAGAUUGGUUCAAGCAUAAUUCUUUUAGCCAUUCUGUGAAAAUUAGAUUUACCUUAUCAAUUCUAAUCCCGAGUGGAUGAUGGAACCAUGCUGCUUUAGCCUAGUCACAUUGCAGGAAGAGAUGAUCUUGUGUUUCCCCUAUCUCUUGUCCACACAUCAAGCAAUGUUCAACUACUUCAAUGCCUCUUCUCACGAGAUUUGCCUGGCAAUGACUAAUAUUGUUGGCUGCUCUGAAAAUGAAGUGCUUGAUCUUGUUUGGACAGUUUACUUUCCAAAGCUUUUUCCAAGGGAAAUUCAUGGCAUUUGAUCCACUUGUUGUUGCUGCAAUUUUAAUGCAUCGUAGCUAGAAGUAUGCUGAUUUGACAGAGAAAAAGCCCCCUCCACCUCCAUACUCUUUUAUCUUUUACAUUUCUCCAGCUUAGAGGAAUAGCUUUAAUUACAUUAGCUUCUGCAGGAAGGAACAAGGAAUUGAUUAAAGGGACAUUCCAGCCCCCUCCUUCUGGUAGCAUAAGAUCUGCAACUUUAUCAAGCUCCAUGUCACCAUUUACAUUUGAGAGGACUAAACCACUGUCGUUGCUCGUGAUUCAAGCAUCUUUCUAAAUGUUGAUGCUAUUUCCAUUCCCUAUUCUCCACCGAAUGUCAUCUCUUAUGAAGUUUAAGGAUCCCCAAAUACUUCUCCAAGCAAAGCUAGGUUGGUAGUCUAUACUAGCAUCAAGCAAACCUUUUCUUGGGAAAUAUUUGGUCUUCCACACUUUGUACAGCAAAGAAUUUUCAUUAUUAAGGAGCCUCCAUUCUUGCUUUGAUAACAAUGCUCUAUUAAAGUCCUCAAGAUCUCUGAAUCCCAAACCCCCUCUAUUCUUUAGCUUCCAUAAGUGCUUCCAUGCUGCCCAAUGGAUUUUCCUCUCAUCCUUUCUUUAUCCCCACCAACAGUUCGCGAGAUUGCUUUCAACUUUGGAGCACAUUCCACUGGAUGCAACUCAUGACAUAGUUUGGUAUGGAUUGAGCCACUGAUUUUAUAAGGAUCUCCUUGCCCGCCUUUGAAAGAGUCUUCUUCUUCCAUCCUUGCAUCUUCCUCCAUACCCUCUCCUGAAUUUUGCUGAAAAUAGCUUUCUUUGAAUGUCCAGUAACAGUCGGUAGAUCCACGUACUUGUCAUGGGUAGUCACAGCCUUUACUCUCAUCCUUGAACGGAUCAUCUCCAUGCUGGUCUAUGGCACGUUUCGGCUGAAAGAAAUCUCAGACUUAUCCAAAUUCACAGGUGUAACGGCUAGUUUCUGAUUUUCUGUCACUUCGUAGUUUGUCUUUCUCUCAUUUUUGUUUACAAGGCAAACCCAAUCCAACCAAGCAACGCAUUUGUUCGAAGUGUUGGAGAAAAGUGAGAAACAGAGACAGAGCAAAAAAGCAAAUCAUCACACAGUGAUUGCUGAUUGGCAAUGGAAUCUCAGAAAGAAUCAUCAGAGAAAGAGCAAGUAGAAGAAGAAGAACAGGCACUUGUGCUGAAAACUACAAAAGUUGUGGAGUAUUUGCACCCAUUCAUGUCACUCGAGCUUCUCUGCAAGUUCCCAGAUAACUCUGCCUAUGACUUUGACUACUCUCAGAGUACAAUCUGGUCCCCUCUGAUUCCCAGACCCUACACUCCCAUGGAUUUCGAUCUCAUUACUCCAAAGAAGCUUUCCUAUGACAUGGGUUUGGGAGCAAAAUGCAGUGUCAAGAAGGUGGGUUCUAAGCUCCGGAAGAAGUUCACUGCCACUUCCGUCAAUCUCAACAUUGAUUUCAUCAAGAAAAAGAAUAAGAACAAGAAGAUUGCUUCUGAUUUGUCCCCAACACCUCCAAGGAUUAAGGGCUCAUGCAACCCCAUCAUCCACAAGCGAUGGGCUAAGGCACUGAAAGCUGCUUCAAAACAGUUCAAGAAAUGGAAGGUGAAGAGAGAUCCCAUUGCCCAUGUGAUGUUGCCAAAAUCACUCAAAGAUGGAGAUUCUUAAAUAUUUGUGAAUUUGUGAAUUUGGCAUUGGUAUUUUUAUUGUUGGUGACAUUGCUAUCCAUUCAAUAAUUUAUACCACGUUCUUUUUCUGUUUAAUUUGUUGCAUCUUAUUCUGAGAUGAAGCCCGUGUAUAAAUGUAAUUUGGUGGCACUAAUCUUGUUACAAUCAA